ACGUGACGCUGCCCCUCAAGUCUCGACCGCCGCUUGCGACAGCAGGCGGCUAACUCGUAGCGUCAACUAACCCUGCCCUACUCUUCUUCCCUGCCCGCCAUACCUCCGAAAAAGCGCAUCGAGUUCCGUUCUCGGUACAGAGCCGUAUGCCUCCUCGUCGUGGCUCGGGGGAACGGUUGUUGAGCUCGUCACCAACGCCGCAGUCUCAAGCCCUCAGACCGCCGCACGCAAAUCACUGUCCCUAGUGCUUGGGAGUGCCGCUGUCGAGACCCGCCCCGGGCACCGGGAAAAACUUGCGCUCGAAGAGCGUAAUAUUUUGCAAGCGAUCUCGGGGGGUCUUCACAUGCCUACAUAUCUAGGUUUACUUGUAUUACCAACCGUGGGCCCCUAGGACUCUACGUGACUGGCUAUCCUUGCACCGAGGACGGCACGAAGAUCGCGCCGGGAGCUGGCGCGCUGGCGACCAUUCGCCGAGUCGGUUCACAAUUGAUGCUAUGCCUUGCGGCAAGCCUCCACAGCUUGCACGCUCUUCAGCCGUCCGUUUUACACCGCGACAUUAGGCCCGAGAACAUCUUUCUCGACAAUCACGGUAGGAUUCUCUGUGUCGAUUUCGGAGUGGCCCGUGCUCUCACCGACAGCAGCAUACGUUCAUCAUACGCCGGCACCGAGAAAUACAUGGCGCCCGAGGCCGGCACAAGAUACGCUCGGCCUGCCGAAGUUUUUUCGCUAGCAGGCGUGUAUGCAGAGAUCCUUUGUAUCAUGCUCGGAUACUUUCCUGCGAAUUCUUUAGACACCGAGAUGGCGAACGGUGCCUGGAAAGGCAGAACAGCGCGUACGAAAGGGUUGGAAUGGCUCUCCAAAGAAGUGACAGCUGACACGUCUCUUGAACCUGACCUGUCUCUUGGCCCUCUCCUUGAGUUGAUCAAGACGAUGCUUCCCAUCCAUCCGCACGAACGUCCAAAGGCAGGUGACGUGCACGAUAGCUUGCGGGCUUGGCGGACCGACUACGUCUGCUGCAGUGCAGUGCUCACUAAUGAGCACGACGACAUCGUCACUCCUCCGUCGCCCGAAAAAGGACCAUCGGGAUCCUACGCGCGGGUGUAUUCAUCAUGAUCUGGGUGCGAAAUGUCCCCAAUGAACGCACCCGUACCGUCCUCAUAUGAUUUGCAUAUUAGCAGAACCGGCAACGCCAAGUAGAACGCACCCCUCCCUGUCCUUUGUCAUUUCUGCAUUGUAAUGGAGGGCCUGCUUCUUCAAAAUCAGAUUCAGCAGAAACACUGUGGAGCUCCG